CUGUUAACUAUAGAUCUGUCACCUGACCAGAUGUCCGCCGAUGUCCCUAACGCUCCACGUAUUAAUCCGCUCGAGACGGGCUCAGAUUCCUCCGUAGGUAAGAAUGCGCGAGUCGUGAACAUGUCGAAUUGCUCCGUGGCAUGCACAGUCUAUUCAUUCGCUGCUCGUCUGAGGAGGCAACGAAGGAUGCGCGGAGAGAAAUGGUGGAAAUUCAAAAUCGUCCUUCGGUGUCAGAACAUUACCGGGAGUGUGGUACACAUUUGAGAUUUGAUUGUUAGAGGCUUGCUGUUAACAUUCGUGGUGAAGUCUUCUUUCGUCACCGGCUCAAACGUAGGCAUGGGGCUCGAAGCAGCACGGCACCUCGUCCGUCUUGAAGCUGCAAAAGUGAUUCUCGCAGUACGAAUCCUCUCCAAAGGCGAAACCGCCAAACUUUCCAUCGAAGAAACUACUUCGCGCUACGCCUCACUUAAGGCGUUCGGAGAAAAAGCGAAAGGCUUGAUGAGAUUGGAUGUGGUGGUUUUGAAUGCGGGGAUGUAUGUCUUUGAGUUUAAGGAGGCGGAAGAAGACGAGGAAACAAUCACUGUGAAUGUUGUCAGCACCAUGCUACUUGCUCUUUUGCUUCUACCGAAACUUCGGGAAACAGCGCAGAAAGAAAAAGUAGAGUCGGUUUUGACCUUCACAGGAAGUUUUGUGCACAAGGACACCCCAUUUCCAGAGCGAAAGGCGGAAAAAAUCUUCGAAGAAUUGGCGAAGCGUGAGGGUGCAAGAAUGAAUGAUCGAUGUCAGGUUUCAAAACUGAUUGAGACGUUUUGUGUGAGAGAGCUUGCAGACCAAAUCACAGCCUCAAAGACCGACGGCAAGGUGAUAGUCUUGAUUGUUAACCCUGGAAUCGUUGAUACUGCGAUUAUGCGACAUGCUCCUAUCCUCUUCUCGCUGGUGGUCACUGUGUUGAAAAGGCUUGUAUCGAGGACCGCUGAAGAGGGAGGUAGGACACUUGUCCAUGGUGCAGAAGGGGGAGAAGAGACGCAUGGGCAAUAUUUGGACGAUUGCAAAGUUGGACGGUGA